GACUAUUUUGGCCAACUUCUGACAGUAUUUACUUCCUAAAGUGAGUAGACUUACUUCUACACACAGAGCCAGAGUAUGAAUAUGACUCGUCAACCAUGGAACCGAACAGAGGGACUGAGUGAUCCUUUUUGCUCUUCCAAACCAGAGAAUUUGAAGGUGGGAGAUGAAGUGAGGAGGUUGCUGGAAAUGAGCCCACAUUCUGUGAACGAUGAUUCGCCCCUAGUUAGUCCGGAGGGAGUGGGGUGCUCUGUUGGCUCUAUUUUGAGCAUGAGCAAACCAGUAGGAGAGACAUUACAAGACACUCUGUACCACCCAAACACAACAAUUAGGGACUCGCCGUUUGCCAAAAGACUCCCACCCACCACACAGCCUCCAGCAGUGGGCCGGUUGGGGUCCCGCUUGAGGCCGGAGGAUGACAUCUUGUACCAGUGGCGCUUGAGGAGAAAGCUGGAGCAGUCUGGAAACAGCAACACUCAGCUUCCCGGUCUCCACAUGACGGCAGCAACACCUCUCAGCUCUCCUAGCAGCAUGCUUCAGCUGGCCCCCAAACAUCUGACAAGGGGCUUAAAUACAGCUGGCAAUGCACAUGAAUCCCCUUUUCCCCAAACGUUCCUACACCCCACAGUAUCACAAGUCCCACCAAACUAUCAGACCUCUCCUCAGACAUCCCACUUUAUGGUUGGGCUGCCAUCUUUUCCACAUAAUCCAGCUCACGUUUACCCCACAGACAGUGCAGUGCAGCAGUGGCAGAAUUUCUCUGGUCCUUUCAUGACACCCCAGACCUCAGAGAAUAUAUCGCAGCACCGGCAGAACUCCUCUGGCCCCGUCCUGUGCUCGCAAUCUUCAGAAGAGCAGCAACACACUAAAAACACCUCAGACAGGCUGCUGAAGAAAGUGCGCUCAUUUUCCGAUGAUCGCCUCUCUAAAAACAAAGAAGGGCACUAUGUUGUCGCACGGAAGCUCGAGAAGGGGAAACAACCUGCAGCCGCUCAACAGGGAGGAAAGUCAGCUGAUGACACGAGCAAGAGGAGAGAUGAGGUUGUCUCCAGGGGACCGAAAAGCUCCAGACAUGACAAGCACGAGAAUCGGAAAGCUCCGCCUGACCCAGCUCUGGGACGUGCAGACCAAAAGGUCAGGAGAUCCAAAUGGCAGGCAGAACUCCAGUGCAAGGGGAAAUCACUAAAAACAUCGACCCUACCUCACUCUCCACUAUACACUGCUGUUGGAAUGGUGGUGUCUGAGGUUUGCUUUCCUGAUUCACGUUCAGCGGACUCUCCAACGUCGGCGAGCGUCACUGACUCCAGUGAAGAUUCACAUUCAUUUCUGCCACAAACAUCGUCUACACCUCAACGCCUGCAGAGACCUUCAGAAAUCAUUGAGAAGCUCCUUCAGGAAGCUGACGAUUCAGAGGAGUCUGACUUUGAGAAUGACCCUGUACUACUGGUGCUGCGAGAGCAGAGGCGCUCGGUAAAGCAACGCAUAUGUGAGAUGGACAUGUUGCUAGAAUCGUGGAAAGACACACAACCCUGAAGACAACAUCUGAGCAUCUGAGACUGCAUCUUUGCACAAGUUAUGUGAUUAUAAAGGAAUCGUAAGACUAUUUACUGAAUGGCUGUAUAAUUGUUUGUAAGCACAUAGCACACCAUGGUUUUACAUUUUGUUUAUUACUAAAUGUGUGACUAUGGUAUAAAGGCUGCUUAGAAUGCAAGGCUACUAAGAUAGCAACAACAAAUAUGUAUCUGUAAAUAAUGCCCUUCCACCAUGAAAUGGAUGUAUUUUAUUAAUAUUAAACUUGCAUUUUACUACUGAA